AUGUAUUCGAUGCUGCAGAGUCUUGAAUACAUUCGUUGGAUGAUAAUUGUAUGCUGUAUUGCAGGACAAGGUCACGCAGUGGACAUUGAUCACUCUGAUGAAUUAGCAGUGAGCUCAUGCCAAAUAUACGGAAGUCUUCACUUCAGAAUGUUUCAUGAGCGGCUUGAUCAGCCUCAAUCAUUAUUGUGGUGCAAAAAAAGUGGUGACUAUGUUGCGUAUGAAAAUGAAUGGAUUCAAAUUCUUAUCACUGUCACAGAUUUUCCAAGUUGGAAUCGAAAAUACAAAAUGAUAUUUAAACAUCACAAUACGGUCUUAUGCACAAUUGAUAGUAGUCAAAAUAUUUGUAAUCAUGAAACGAUCGAAAUAAAAACAUGGAGUUUAAUUACACAAAUCGUCUAUCCAAUGGCAUUUCUACGCAUAAUUAUUGUUCGAUAUGGAAAUGAACCAUACUAUGAUAUAAUAUUACAUCAAAGGAACACGACAAUUUUUCCUCAAUCAAAAGGAUUGUGCAUUCAUGGAUCAACACAUUGUGAAAUAGAUCCGUUGGCUAUGAAAAGUAUACGCCAUCGAAAUCAACUAGAAGUGGUUAAUCCAACAGACGAGCAACUGAUGGUUCAUGAAAAAGCUGAAGAGAUCUGUAAUCAUUAUCAUAAUUCCGUACGUCGGAUGAUGAGAAAAUUAGGACUAUCUUUUAUUAGUCAAACAACAAAAGACAAAUUGAUAAUAUCUUGUAUUAACGAUCUCGAAUCAACAGGAAAUAAACAAUUUGCAAAAAGUGUUCUACAAUUAUUCCUAUUUGAAACUGUAAAUAAUUUCAAUAUGAACAAAGAUCAAACAAAUAAUGAUCUAGAAAAGAUUAAUUAUAUAUUAGAAGAAACGCUUCGUACAGUUGAUGAUUUCACCGUUGAAAAUUUUCCUGCAGAUGAAUCACAAUCAGAUGCAAUGUUAGAUAUUAACAUCUCUGUAAAGACGUCAAAUGCAACAAGUUUGAAAUCAGCGAAAACUAACAAUACUUUCAUUUCUGUUCCUAAUUUUAAAAAUGAUGAUAAUUAUGUGGGUAUAUGUCAUGUUUAUGGUGAUCCUCAUGUUAUUCCUUUCGCACAACAAUCAAAUGCAACGCAAGACCAAUAUUGGUGUAAAAUAUCGGGGGAACAUCGUGUUAUUAAAAAUGAUUAUGUUGAAAUGAUAGCUUUUGUUCAAGAACAAACUUGGUUGAUCGAUAAAUUUAUCAUAAAAUUGCUCCAAUCCAACGGAUCCAUUAUUUGUACAGUUACUGACAAUGAACAGUAUUGUAAUAAUUCAGAAAUUCGAAUAACUCGUCCAAGUCUAACACAAAUGGACAUUUUAUAUACGACUUCUAGAUUAUACAUCUCCAUUGUUUCACAUCAAUAUGAUGUACAAUGGUAUGACAUAAGUGUGCGGAUGCCAUAUGCAUUGAUUCAUCGAUCGAGUGGUCUCUGUAUUUUACCAUCAGCCAUGAGUUGUGAUAUUGAAAAUAGUAUUGAACAGGAAAAUAUUGAGAAUUCUUUAUCUAAACUGAUAUGUGAACAAUACUUAAUGGCAGCCAUCGAUGCAUCCAUCAGCUUAGGUCUUGCAGAUGAUCCAGAACGACAUAAGAAUGCAUUGAUCGCAUGUAUUCAUGAUUAUCAAACAACAAACAAUAAACAUUCUGGCGUAAGUAUAGUGGAUAUGAUUAUCAAAAAUGCAAUUAAUCAACAACAACUUGACGAUAUGCAAUUUGAACUGAAAACUAUCAGCAGUACUAAUGCAAUUGAUAAUGCUUUAAUUAAUGCAAGUAUUCAAAUCGACUCUAUUACUACUACAACGACACAAAUACCAAAUACAACAUUGAUAUCAACAACAAGCCUCACAACAACCUCAACUAGUUCGAUCGCAAUUAAAUCAGCUUAUGUAAUUCUGAUUUGUAUUUUAUUAUCAUUUUUCAUAGAAUUAUCUGUUGUUUUUUAA